CGCAGACGUAAGGACAGAGGACUUCUGUCGGACCCAGGUGAGAAAGGCCCACCUGAGUCUUGGGUCUUGGUUCUCUCGAGGGUCUCCCCGGGUUCUUUGGGGCCAGAGGAAUCUUGAAACCAUGUAUCACCCACAUAUGCUUUGAGAUAUUCUUUAGAUUUCUUCCUGGAAGCCCUACAACUACCCUAAAAUUGAAUGUAUUGUAGAACAGACGUAUGGCCAAUGGUGGCAGAGUCUACAUAGAACUAUGCUUCGUGGUGUUCUGGGAAAAACCUUCCGACUUGUUGGCUAUACUAUUCAGUAUGGCUGUAUAGCCCAUUGUGCUUUUGAAUACGUUGGUGGUGUUGUAAUGUGUUCUGGACCAUCAAUGGAACCAACAAUUCAAAAUUCGGAUAUUGUCUUUGCAGAAAAUGUUAGCCGACAUUUUUAUGGUAUCCAAAGAGGUGACAUUGUGAUUGCAAAAAGCCCGAGUGAUCCAAAAUCAAAUAUUUGUAAAAGAGUAAUUGGUUUGGAAGGAGACAAAAUCCUCACCACUAGUCCAUCAGAUUUCUUUAAAAGCCAUAUUUAUGUGCCAACAGGUCAUGUUUGGUUAGAAGGUGAUAAUUUACAGAAUUCUACAGAUUCCAGGUAUUAUGGACCUAUUCCAUAUGGACUAAUAAGAGGACGAAUCUUCUUUAAGAUCUGGCCUCUGAGUGAUUUUGGAUUUCUACGAGACAGCCCAAAUGGCCACAGAUUUUCUGAUAAUUAGCAAGCAUUUAUUCUUUUGACUUGAUUAUUGUUUCCUGUUCAAGUGAAUUUAUUACUGCAGUUGAAACCAUGUACUUAACCAAUAAACUAUUUGCUGUUCA